UUAAGCACCGGUCGUUUUUGAGGCAACGGCAACUUUAGCGACCGAAAGAGCCUGGGAAGAGAACAACGUCGUUCCCGCCAAAAUAUAAACGUUAAGCAGCUAGACGAGGUUUGCGGCGGCGACGUGGGUAGCAAACUCUGUUCGCUUUUAAGAUAAGCUGUGUGAGAGCAUGUCAUCCUUCAGUGAGAUGAGAAAUCUGCUUCUUUUUUUGUACGAUAGUAAAAUCAUCAGUGACGAAGAAUUUUUGACCUUGUACGAAAGUCACAGUUCCAAGAAUCCAGAAUUCCCUUACAGCUCAUACCCUGAGUUUGAUUUCGACCAGAUGGAUGAAUCAGAGUGUUUAGCGGAGUUCAGAGUGCGAAAACAGGACAUAACGUUAUUGGCAAAUGUCCUUCAAUUACCAGACACUAUCCGCUGUCCACAAAGAACAACGUGUCACCGAACUGAAGGGCUUUGUAUGCUUCUGAAGCGCUUCUCGUAUCCAUGUCGCUAUUCAGACAUGAUUCAUCGUUUCGCAAGACCAGUUCCUGAGAUAAGUAUGAUUACCAAUACAAUGAUGGAUCAUAUUUUUUUGAGCCAUGGUCAUCGUAUUUCACAAUGGAAUUUUGAUAUAUUGAGUCCGCCAAUGCUACAGGAGUAUGCAGAUGUUAUUCAUGCAAAAGGUGCACCUCUCAGCAACUGCUUUGGGUUUAUUGAUGGAACAGUCAGACCAAUUUCUCGCCCAGGCCAACACCAAAGAAUAGUGUACAAUGGCCAUAAACGUGUACAUUCCCUCAAGUUUCAGUCCGUCGCUCUACCAAAUGGACUCAUUGGAAAUAUGUAUGGGCCUGUCGAGGGGAGAAAACAUGAUGCAAGCAUGUUGGUAGAUUCCAAUCUUCUCCAGGAAUUGGAAAGGAAUGCAUUUUCCCCAACUGGCCAACCCAUGAGUGUUUAUGGUGAUCCCGCCUAUCCGCUGCGAAUACACCUACAGGCCCCAUUUCGCCAUGGUGUCCUAACACCGAUGAUGGAACAAUUCAAUUUUGACAUGAGUUCUGUUAGAGUAACGGUGGAGUGGCUCUUUGGUGACAUCAUCAACGACUUCAAGUUUUUGGAUUUUAAGAAAAACCUGAAAAUUGGAAUGAGUAGUGUGGGAAAAAUGUAUCUUGUAUGUGCACUUCUUAAUAAUGCUGUUACCUGCCUAUAUGGAAACAAAACCUCAGAGUUUUUUGGUCUAGACCCUCCUUCAUUGCAGUAUUAUUUUAGAUAAAUUCUCUCAAAUAAACCGAGCAGAA